AUGCCUGCCAUUGAGUUCGCCAACUCCUACGGGAGCUCUAUGCACCACCUCGUGUCAGGGUCUUACACCAACAAGACGCUCUUCCUGCUCGCCUUUGACACCAUUGCUAAGACCUUGACUCUGAACGCUACUGUUCCUGGCUUUGGUCUCCAUCAAUUUGUCACAAGCAAUGCUGCAAAAAACCGCGUCUACGCAACCGCCAUGAGCGAGCCUCCUCAGCUUUUCUCGUGGUCGGUUGAUGAGAACUACCAGUUUACUCAUCUCGACACGGUGAAUAUCACGUCUUCGUCUUGUUACUUCUCGGACGAUGGCAACCUGGCUUUCUCUUCUGGUGGCUCAACUGCUGCUAUCCAUGGUCUCGCCGAGAAUGGCGCUAUCGGUGAGCAGGUUCAGGAACUCUACAUGGUGCCAGAGGAGGAAAUUGAGAAUGUGAACAAGACAAGAGCGGCUGUGCUCUAUGGUGCUCAUGCCUUUGACAUCAACGUCAACAGAAAGGGCUUUGUCCCUCACCUGGGCAUGAACUCCAUCUUUAUGUACGACAUUGCGGAAAACGGUACUGCUACGCCUUUGUCGAUCAACCUUAGUCCAACUGAGGGUGAUGGACCACGAAACUCCUAUUCUAGCAAGGAUGGAAAGCUCCUCUACGUGAUGACCGAACACAAACAUGUCCAGAGGGCAAGUGCCAUUCCUGAUGAUGUGCGAGGCGUAUAUACUUUCCGCAGCAACACAGUCCAAAUGUCCCGCGACGGCAAAUAUCUCUUCACCAGUACUCGCAGCUGGAACAACACCGAAGCAAAUGGUUACGUCGCGGCAUUUGCACUCAACGAUGACGGACUCCUGAAGAUCGAAAAAGCCGUGGCUUUCUACGAGGCACCUGUCACUCUUGGCUCUGCUGGUGGUCUCCGAGUUGCCCCUUGGCAAGACGAAACUAACAGUGAUCCCAACGGUAUCACGGACUACAUGUAUCUCAGCGAUACUUCUGAGGGCUGGAUGUUCAUUCUUGGUUGGACCCCUUCGAAUCAUACUCUUGAUGUUGUGGCUUCGCUGCACUAUCCUGAUAACAGCACGCCUUACGAAGCAACUUGGCUUGAUUAG